AUAUUGUUAUUGACUUCCCACCGUCAUCGUCAGUUCCUACUGUGCAGCACCUUCUUCUAUCCUUCCUUCCCCUUUUUAACAUUUCAUCACUGGCAACCCUCACUCCCAAGCCACCGUCGCCUCGUCUUCCCUCUCCGCCUCUUAGAUCUGCCGUGUACGGUGGAGCCUAAUUACUCUUUUUCUUGCUUUUAAUUUAAGUAACAGCUGAUUCCACUGAAAAAAAGAGGAAAUCGAAAAUGAGUAUGUACGGAAGAGAUCCUUGGGGAGGUCCGCUGGAGAUAAACGCGGCGGAUUCUGCCACAGAUGAUGACCGGAGUAGGAAUCUGCAGGAUCUUGAUAGGGCUGCUCUUUCCAGGCCUUUGGAUGAGACUCAGCAGAGUUGGCUUCUUGGACCAGCUGAGCAGAAGAAGAAGAAGAAAUACGUCGAUCUCGGCUGUAUCAUUGUCAGCCGUAAGAUCUUUGUUUGGACUGUCGGUACUCUUCUUGUCUCUGGCUUAUUGGCUGGCUUAAUUACUCUUAUCGUCAAGACUGUGCCUCGCAACCACCACUCUAAAUCUCCACCAGAUAAUUAUACUCUUGCACUUCAUAAGGCGCUCAUGUUCUUCAAUGCCCAACGCUCUGGGAAGCUUCCCAAGCACAAUAACGUGUCGUGGAGAGGUAAUUCUUGUGUGAACGAUGGGAAAUCGGCGACGGGUACGAUUUUCAAAGAUCUGGCUGGUGGUUAUUACGACGCCGGAGAUGCAAUUAAGUUCAACUUCCCUGCGUCUUUUGCUAUGACCAUGUUGAGCUGGAGCGUAAUUGAGUACAGUGCUAAGUAUGAAGCAGCUGGGGAGCUCAAUCAUGUCAAAGAUAUUAUUAAGUCGGGGAAUGAUUACUUUCUCAAGUGCUUCAACCAUACUGCAGAUACUAUCAACACCAUUGCUGCACAGGUUGGUGUAGGAGAUACUUCUGGAGGAAGUACAUCUCCUAAUGAUCAUUACUGCUGGAUGCGCCCUGAGGACAUUGAUUACCCACGACCUGUUACUGAAUGCCACAGUUGUUCAGAUCUGGCUGCUGAAAUGGCUGCUUCCUUAGCUUCUGCAUCCAUUGUUUUCAAAGAUAACAAGGCUUAUUCGCAGAAACUUGUUCAUGGUGCUAGAACUCUCUUUAAAUUCGCAAGGGAACAGCGAGGUAGAUAUAGCGCUGGUGGUUCAGAUGCUGCCAUUUUCUAUAAUUCCACUAGCUACUGGGAUGAGUUUAUUUGGGGUGGAACUUGGCUGUACUAUGCAACUGGAAAUUCCUCUUAUCUUCAGCUUGCAACUACUCCUGGUUUGGCCAAGCAUGCUGGUGCUUUCUGGGGAGGGCCAUUCUAUGGUGUGCUUAGCUGGGAUAACAAGCUGACUGGUGCUCAGGUGCUUCUGAGUCGUUUGAGGCUGUUUUUGAGUCCGGGAUAUCCAUACGAAGAAAUAUUAUGGACGUUUCACAACCAGACCAGCAUAAUCAUGUGUUCUUACCUACCAAUUUUUACAAGCUUUAACAGAACCAGAGGAGGAUUGAUUCAGUUAAAUCAUGGAGCACCUCAGCCACUUCAGUAUGUUGUCAAUGCAGCCUUCCUUGCCACGCUAUUCAGUGAUUAUCUUGAAGCUGCAGAUACACCUGGAUGGUACUGUGGACCAAAUUUCUACUCAACUGAUGUCUUGCGUGAAUUCGCCAAGACUCAGAUUGAUUAUAUCUUGGGCAAAAAUCCUCGGAAAAUGAGCUAUGUUGUGGGUUUUGGUGAUCAUUACCCAAGGCAUGUCCACCACAGAGGUGCAUCCAUCCCUAAGAACAAGAUCAAGUACAACUGUAAAGGUGGAUGGAAGUGGAGGGACUCCAAAAAGCCUAACCCAAAUACACUUGUUGGAGCCAUGGUUGCUGGCCCUGACAAGCACGAUGGUUUCCAUGAUGUUCGUACCAACUACAAUUACACAGAACCAACUCUUGCUGGCAAUGCAGGUCUAGUUGCAGCACUUGUUGCUCUGUCUGGUGACAAGUCUACUGGGAUUGACAAGAACACCAUUUUCUCAGCUGUUCCUCCAAUGUUCCCCACUCCACCACCACCUCCUGCACCCUGGAAGCCUUAAGCUGCCCGUAUUUUUGAGAAAAAGCAUGUUUUGUGUGACUUUUGGUUAGAGCAUUUUGCUGCAGCAAACCUUGGAAAUUAGAUUUGGAAGUUAUGGUAGUGCAAAACUAAGGAAGAAGAUGGCGCAUAGAAAAGAUUGCAUUUGACAAUGUUAGUGGAGACAGUUGGGCGAGGCAUGUUGGACUCAAACGAGCAUUAAGAAAUUGAUGUUCUACAUAUGGGAAUUUUUAUUGUUUGAACAUUGUGAUAUAUAGAGUAUAAAUGUGUAUUAUAUCAAAUCUUGUAUUCUUUGAAACAUGUGAAUCUGUGACAGUACGAAAUUGAUUAACAAUAAACUUCCAUUUAAUUUCUUACAGGUA